AUACAGAUUGCCUCUAAGAUGAUCUGAUGCUCCCAAUAGCUGUCUGCAAUGGAACAGCCAUCUUCAAGCUCAAAGGUCACCGUUGAGUACUUCGACCCCUACAAUGUCUACGAGCUUCUCUCCCCCGGCCUCCUGGCUCGACUCCCCCUCCGAACACUACACUGGGAAUCCCACGCCGGCCCCCUAAGAUCCAUCCGCUCCCUGCACGUCGACCUCGUCCCCGCCGCCGACGCGCGCCCCCCCUCCUCCGCCAGCAGCCCCGAGCUCUCGCGCGUCAAAUCCAACGACUCCACCAUCAGCGGCGACGACGGCUUCCGCACGCAGCCCCUCGGGAAAUCAAGCAACGACCGCGAUCGCGAAGAAGGGAAGACGCCUGCUCCUCUCCAAGUCCCGGUGAAAGGGCGGCGUCACCAAAUCCCCGGCCUGAGACAGACGCCGUACCUCAAAGUCCUGCUCGUAAGAUGCGACGACAAUGAUACCUAUAAAGCGCAGGCUAGGAAACAGGUUCGCGAGUGGGUGAAGGCGCAUACGCCGCCGGCGCAGAGCACGGCGAAGCUUAGCGCGCAGGAGAAUCAUGAUGCGUUUGAGUACCUGAUUCUGCAUGUUAUUGUGCCGAACACGGCCGCGGCGACGCAGCCGCGCGUUAGUGCGAAGGGCGGGAAUACCAUCUAUGAGAAGCUGAAAGCGGAUUUUAAUGGCACGGCGAAGGCGCCGGUGGAUCGCGUCGCGCAGAUCAGGAUUGGUGUUAAUGAUGUGCCAUACGAUCGCCUGCCGCGAGUCGUACCCGCGAUACCGGGGUCGUAUACGGAAAGUGCGCAGGAGCACGAGGCGGCGUGGCAGGAUCUGAUUGCGAAGUUUAAGAAGCUGAUUUUGGACUCGUUUGAUAUGCGGGUCACGCAGUAUGAGGAUGAUAUUAAGGAGAAGGAUGCGCAGAGGGCGUUGCCGGGGUGGAACUUUUGCACGUUCUUUGUGCUGAAGGAGGGGCUAGCGAGGGGGUUUGAGAGUGUGGGCUUGGUGGAGGAUGCGCUGGUUGGAUAUGAUGAGCUUGCUGUGGGGCUGGAUGCGAUUAUUAGGGAGCAAGCUGCGACUGGGACGGGGGCUGAACAUGGCGGUUCGUUUUUGCCUUAUACGGACGACUUAUUCGGCCAAGUUGAGCAGGCCAAGAAGAGAAUCGCGAACGGGGAUGCUGUAGACCCGUCGGAUUCAGAAGACACUGUCGACCUCCAGAGCUCCGAUAAUGCUCAGAAGGCCGACCAAGAUGAGAUCCUCCUGAGUGCAGACCGGAAGCCGUACCGUGAACUUAUCUUGGCGAAUAACAUCUCGAUAUUCGACUUCCGAUGCUACUUGUUCGCUCGACAGCUCUCCCUGCUCCUACGCAUGGGAAAUGCCGUAUCAUCUAGAGAAGAGCUUCUGGCCAAGUUAAAGGAGCAGCGCGAAACAUCCCUUCUCGGAGUCGCUGCUCGGCAUCCACCGACCCAGGCGAACGAAGAGGGAGAGAACCUCGCUCUUCUGAGCGAGAUCUGUCGACGCUCUAUUAACUUCCUGGCAUCUAUAAGCAGGAUCAUGCGCGACGACAUUACAUCUGCUCUGUAUAUAUCGAAAGAGAAAAACCCUGACGCAAAGUCGAGUACAUCGGAGGAUCUAGCCACAGCCCAAGCUAUCGACAAUGUCGUAUCGUCGUUUACGUUUUCUGUUACCCAGCAAAUACUGGCUCAGACAGCAACGAAGGCGCUGCCAAUUCCUGCCUCUAACUUGGCACCAAUGAAUGCAACGGAUGGCCCUGACCAGGAGAAGGCAACUAUCCCAGAACCUAAAACUAUGAUGCACCCCGCAAGGUCCUCAUCACUCAUUACGAAUCCGCCACCAAGGGCGACAAGCCCUGGUGUAUUUCCGGGCCGAAGAGCCAGCUCGGCUGCAGUUGAUAGUAACGCCAGUGUCAGCUCCACGUUCUUAAAAGCCGGGCUUGAAGAUUUGGCUGCCGGCAGAGCUCAGAUUUACCUUCUCAGCCGAAUUGUCCUUGAACGACUUGGUAAGAAAAGAAAGUGGUCUGUGGGAUGGGAGGAGCUUCAAUCUUCAAACGUUGGAACUGGUGCUAUGGAAGAGGUUGAUCUGAACUCUGACUCUAAAGAAUCCCCGGACAAGUUAGAUAAAGGCACGCCAUCCCUUCAGGGGAUUGACAAUAAGCUUCUCCGAACGGCGCUGGAAACCCAGGAGGAUUUCAACCGACUGUAUGAGAUAUUAACGGAUAAAGCCCUGCGCCACUUUUCAGUGGCAGGACACACUCAGUCUGUGCAGGCGAAUAUGGCAGACCUUGCGGUUCUGAGAUAUCACCUGGAUGAUUAUGCUGGCGCAGCAUCAUAUCUAUACCGCAUAACGCGAUUCUACGGUGAAUCGGGAUGGGAGCAGAUCCAGAUGUCUAUGCUGGUGAUGUAUACCAGGUGCUUAAAAGAGCUUAAGCGGAACGACGAGUAUGUCAGGGUAGCUAUCAACCUUCUGGCUAAAGCUGCUGGUCAUGCGAAGAGCGAUUAUUUCCGAAAAUCUGGGGUUAAACUUGGCCACGAGGACGCACUGCAGGCCCUCGAAGAUGUAUCCGUUGAUGGAUAUCUGACGGAGCUGAUGACGAUUGUUCCUACUCUGCAGAAUGAUUUCGCCGUCUCAUUGAAGUACUUCUUUGCUCGCAUCGAAGUUGAGGGAGCUGCGAGGUACCAUGAAGGCCGUGAUAGCUUCUCUAUUCAGCUUAAACUUCGGUACCUUCUUCCUGAUGACCUGCAUAUUGACAAGGCAAAGGCUCGGUUGGUACCAGUUACGGCGGGACAGGCUCGAGAUAUAUGGCUUGAUUUACAGGAACCUAUGGAUUUGAAGCCUGGGAUUAAUAGGCUACAAUUCCAGAGCAACGUUACUAUUCCUGGGACGUACGUCGUUAAGCAACUCGUGCUAUAUUCGUCAAAGAUGGUAAUGUCUUACGAGACCGAGAGUGCACCGCCAGCCAUGACACAGAGCAUGGAUUUCUUCAAAUGCCCCCGCAUCCGUCUAUACCAACGCGCAGACUCAUUUGACGUCAAGAUGGCCGCCUCCCAAAAUCUGCACCUGGACCGCCAAAGGGCUCUCGAGGUUACAUUCUCAUCCGGCUGGAACGAUGUCGCUAGUGGCGAGAUCCAUGUCCGCGCCGCGACAGCAGGUCUCCGCCUACAAACUGCAGAGACGAAAGUGCUCGAUGGCGAACUUGAGAUCAUGAAGAAAUCGAGUCCAGGGGUUAUUCGCUUUGGGGCUUUACCUGCGAAUUCAACCGUUAAGCUUAGCUUGCCAUUUAGUCUUGAGCAGGAGACAAGUACGCUAGCGCUUAAGGUUGAAAUGUCGUACACGGUGGGCAAGGAAGUCUUCUUCCUCGCAUGCAGCCCGACUAUCUCGGUGCUGUUACCUCUCGGCGUCAAUGUGCAGGAUGUAUUCAAGCGGAAGGCGCUCUUUUCGAAGUUUACAAUCUCAUCCGCCACAACCAAUCCUCUACGACUUCUCAGCUCAAGUCUCUCAGAAUCAGAUAUUUACGAAGCCUGCAGUGGAGACGAAUUCAUGGACUCAGUAGUCAUCUACCCCCGCCAGUCCGCGUCACUCCUCUACCGAAUCAACCGCAGAAAGACACCCAUCAUCCCCUCCGGCGGCAAGAAAAAGCAAGUCUCCUCCCUACAACUGAAGCUCCACUACAUCUGCCUCGAAGAAGAAAUCGACUCCGCCAUCACCACCGCCCUAACCACCUCCCUCAAAACCACCCCUCUCCACCAAUACACCCGCCUCAUCAUCCCCGCCAUCCUCUCCGUCCUCCACUCCCGCCUCUCCGCCUACGACCUCGAGCGCGCCGCCCUCCUCGGCGAACUCCUCACCUCCACCCUGCUGGACACAAACUGGUCCCCCUACUUCGGCGGUCUGCACACCUCCUCCCAGCAACCCACCGACGUAAUAACGCAAAUAGCGACUUGGAUCCGCGAAUUCCACGCCGCGCACCCGUUCAUCCCGCUUCCGCCUUUGGUCAUCACAGCGGAUACUAUAGCGCAGAGCCGCUCUAUCACCAUCCCUGUCGCUGUACCGUCUAUAACAGUCGUCCACACCGCGGAUUUGCAACUCACCACCCCCUCUCCCCACGGCGCGGAGACUACCACCGACGACGAGCUCGUCGCUGUCACUAACCAACCCAUCCCAGCCACCUUAGUCCUAAAACACACCCGCGCCUGGGACAACCCCGACUCCCCCCACCGCGCCACAGAACUGGCAUUCACAUACGAGCUCAGCGCGCCCUCAGACACCUGGCUCCUCGGCGGGCGUCGCAAGGGGGGUUUCAAGAUCCCCGCCUCCGGGUCUGCGCCGCCGACAACACUACGGUUCCCCGUUCUCCUCAUCCCGCUACGCGAAGGGUACUUGCCGUUCCCUAGUUUGGAGGUUAAGGCUGUGCCGGUGGUGGGGGAGAAGAAGGGAGAGGGGAAGAAGGAGGGGGAGAAGGGGGAGGUGGGGAAGAAGGAGGAGGAGGUGAGGGUGACGAGUGAGUGCGAUUAUGGGAAUGUGGCGAUGCUGGUUAGGGUUUUUAGUGAUGCGUUUAAGACGACGGUUAGUUUGGAUGCGAGUGGGCCGCAGGGAGGGGCGUGGUUGUUGGAGAUAUGA